AUAUUAAUUUUACACACUAUUAUUUUAUAUUAAUUUGAAUUUUUAAUAAUAAUAUUUAUUAUUAACAAACUAUUUUAUAAUAUAUAAUUUAAUACUAAAUAUUUAUUAAUUUAAUUAUACUAACUAUAAAAAAUAAUAUUAUCUUUAUUGAAGCUUAUAUAUAUUUUACGCACUAUUUUUAUAAUAAAUUGCAUAUUUUUAUUAUAUAUUUUUACAAUCUUUUUAUCAUAUAAAUUUUAAUUUAAAUAAUUUAUUACAUCCUUGAUUUUUAUUAAAAAAUAAUAUGUUUUUUAUAUAUAUAUAUAUUUUAUUUACGCUCUAAAAUUAUUUAUUUUUUUAUAAAAAAAAUUUCUAAUUUUUUAUUUACGUACUAUCAAAUUAAUUAAUAUUAAUAAUUUAUUAAAAACUUAUUUUUACAUU